UUUCGUGACGGCUUCCUAGCUUUACGACGACAACAACUAUGGCAGCUGCCGGUGGUAGAUUUCAAAGUGCGAGGAGUAUCCAAGAGCGUAAAGAACAGACCCGGAUUGCGAGGGCGGAGGUGUUGCUCCAGGCUAAAGCUGAUUUUGAAAAGGAAGAGAGGCGUAAAGAACUUAAGCGACUUCGGGGUGAGGAUACAUGGAUGCUGCCUGAUGUAAAUGAGCGAAUUGAACAGUUCUCACAGGAACACUCUGUAAAGAAAAAGAAGAAAAAAGAGAAGCAUUCAAAAAAGGUAAAGAAAGAGAAAAAGAAAAAGAGCAAGAAACAGAAAUAUGAAAAAAAUGAGUCAUCUGAGAGUUCAUCAAGCUCUGAAGAUGAAUGGGUUGAAGCUGUUCCAUCUCAGACUCCUAGCAAAGAAAAGGCCUGGAAAGUGAAAGAGGAAAAGUCAGAAACAGAAAACAAUGCAGUUAUUCAGCGAGAUGAGUGGAUGACUGUUGACUUUAUGUCUGUUAAAACUGUAUCAUUGUCAUCACUCAAAGCUGAAAAAGAAACUGUCAGGAAAAUUGAGCAGGAGAAAGCCCACGCAAUUGAGCAGUCCAGACUGUUAGAAAGAGAAUUGAAUCCAUACUGGAAGGAUGGUGGAACAGGUCUUCCACCAGUGGACUGUAAUGUGUCAUCUGUUACUAAAGUUUCAGUAGUAGAAGAUGGUGGAUUAAGCUGGCUCAGGAAGUCUUAUCAAAGAAUGAAGGAACAAGCUAAGAAACAAAAUAGAAAUUUUGAAGACAUUGUAGCUGAAAGAUAUGGGUCAAUGGAAAUAUUUCAGUCAAAAUUAGAAGAAGCUGAAAAAACUGCAUCCAGAAAAGAUUCUAGACAAGAACGAUGGAAGAAACCAACAUAUUCAGAUAAAGCACAAAGUAGUCAAGAAAGUAGAAAAUCAGACUUGGUAAAAGAUAAUACAAUUUCAAAGGAUACAUGUGAUAGAACAGACAGUACAAACAGUAUUAAUAAAGAUAAGUUAAGUGGUAAUCAAAAAGAUAAUCGAGCCAGAUCUUUGGAAGCAUGUAGAAGAGAAUACAGUCCAAGACAAAAUCAACAAUUUUCUUCUCUUGGAAAUUUUAGGACUAAAUUCUUAAGACCCUCUGAUGAUGAAGACCUGUCGUUUAAUAGCAAGGGCAGAAAUUUUGAACCAUUGAGUUCAUCUUCAACAUUGGUAGCUCAGGGUUCUUCACGUUGUGGUUUUCGAAAACCCACAGAGAACAGUGAAGAAUGUUUAUCAUCAUGGAGUCGAUCUGACAGGAAAGAAGGAGGCAAGACACAUUCAUAUCAAAAGCCAUUAGAAACCAGUAGCAGUGUUGACUACGGAUGUAUCCCAGGAGAUAGGAGAGAAAAGUCACAGGAUGAAGGCCCGAGAGAUGACCCUCCAAGAAAAGGACAUCUGCAGGACAUCACGUCUUCCUUAUCUGGUAGUCCAGAGGAUGAAUCCAUCCACAUCCUGAGUGUUGAUGAGAAGAACAAGUUGGGAGCCAAGAUUAUCAAGGCAGAGAUAAUGGGAAAUAUGGAGUUAGCUGAACAACUUAAAGCCCAGCUUGAAAAGGCAAAUAAAUUCAAGGAAAUCACAACACAGAUAUCAUCAAAAAAAUCUGGAAUAGAGAAUGAUGACCAGCAAGAAGUGAUCCUUACCAGAACAGAUCAGUCUGGAAGAGUAUGGCCUGUCAACACACCAGGAAAAGCCCUGGAGUCAAAAGGAGGAAGGACAAGGAGACAGAUGGCUUUAACCCAUGAGGGAAAGCAAAGGAUCAGAUACUUCCAUGAUGAUGAUGAUCUAAGCCUAAGUGAUUUAGUCAAAAAUGAAAAGAUGGGAACAGCAGGAGAUCAAAACAAACUUUUUAUGAGUAUGGCAUCUAAGUUUAUGGGAAAAACCGACGGAGACUAUUACUCUCUGGAUGACAUGUUUGUCUCCAAAGCCGCUGAAAGAGAAUGUCUUGGUAAAGAAGAAGAGAACCAGAGGAAAAAAGCUAUUGCUGAGCACCAGAGACUUGCUGUACAAAUGGAGAAAUGUCUGUAUUGUUUUGACAGCUCUCAAUUUCCCAAGCACCUGAUUGUUGCUAUAGGUGUUAAGGUUUAUUUAUGUUUACCCAACUUCUGGUCUCUCACUGAAGGGCAUUGCUUGAUAGUCCCUUUACAGCACCAUAAAGCAGCUAACUUACUGGAUGAGGACAUCUGGGAGGAAAUUCAGAUGUUCAGAAAAUCAUUGGUAAAGAUGUUUGAAGAUAAAGGGUUAGACUGCAUAUUUUUGGAAACUAAUAUGAAUAUGAAGAAACAGUAUCAUAUGGUUUAUGAAUGCAUUCCUCUUCCAAAGGAAGUGGGUGAUAUGGCUCCCAUCUAUUUUAAGAAAGCCAUAGUGGAAUCUGAUGAGGAGUGGUCCAUGAACAAGAAGUUGAUUGAUCUCUCUUCAAAAGAUAUCAGAAAAUCUGUACCCAGAGGCUUACCUUAUUUCUCUGUGGAUUUUGGUCUCCAAGGAGGGUUUGCCCAUGUCAUUGAAGAUCAACACAAAUUCCCUCAUUAUUUUGGAAAGGAAAUCAUUGGUGGUAUGCUGGAUAUAGAACCAAGACUUUGGAGGAAAGGAAUCCGAGAAAGCUUUGAGGAUCAGAGGAAGAAAGCACUACAGUUUGCUCAGUGGUGGAAACCAUAUGACUUCACUAAAAGUAAAAAAUGUUGAGGCUUACCUUCCUUUUUAUUUCCUCGUCAGAUCUCUUUCAGUUUUAUUUUUGUUGCAUCUAACUCAACUGGCCCUCAGAUCAGAGGGAAGAGAGUCAUGGCAGCAAGUGGCUCUCUGUCACUGACAAGUAUACUUCACUGGAGUGUGUGGUUUCUUACCCUAGCUGCUCCUAUGAACAUCAUUUCAGUGACCACGGAGUAAGACCAGAUAU